CUCUGCUAGAAGAUAGGAGUUGAGCUGAGCAGAAGGGUAAAAAUGGCUACUUGGAUGAGAAUUACUCGCACAUUUUCCAGAAAUUAUGCAUCGGCCGCUGCCGGUCACGCUAGCUCAGAGCAGACGCAAGUUUUGUGGAAGAGGCUGUCCUUUUUUGUAGGUUUUCCAGCGAUAUGUCUGGCUAUGGUUAAUUGCUAUUUGAAUCAUCAGGCACAUCAUGGUGAUGAGCGUCCAGAAUUUAUCGCAUACGAUCAUAUGAGGGUAAGAACUAAGCCAUUCCCAUGGGGAGAUGGUAACCACAGUCUUUUCCACAAUCCCAAAGUGAAUGCUCUACCCGAGGGUUACGAAGACUAGGAAGUCAAUGUAUUUAGAUUGUAAUAAUUAUGCUGUAAUAAUUAUGCUGAGCAAUUAGCAUUCUUUAUAACAUAUAUUCUACAUUGUAUUGGCUUAUAAGCAAUUAAGUCAAUAAAUUGAUAGAAAUAUAACAUUUA